AUAACAUUUUACGGUGUUCGCAGACCAUCGCUGUUUCGAAAUUGAAAAUCCUAUCUAUAUAAAAAAACGGUUUAUGAACACAGUGCAAUCCGAGAAACUUUUAUAAACGACAAGUUAAAAUUUAUAAUUAUGAAGUUACAGUUAUCGAUUAAGAUAGCGAUAGGGUCUAUUUGUACUAUGUUUUUCAUUAUAUUAGUUGGAUUUAUAUUUUUUCCGAAAAUGAUAACCUCUAAAGUGAAAGCGAUGGUUAAUUUGGGCCACGGUAUGGAAAUAAGAGAAAUGUUCCUUAAAGUACCGUUUCCAUUAUCAUUUAAGAUCUAUAUAUUCAAUGUAACAAAUCCGAUGUCUAUUCAAAAUGGUGGUAUACCUGAAGUCGAAGAAGUAGGACCAUUUUGCUACCAAGAAUGGAAAGAAAAAGUUGACGUUACUGACGAUGAAAACAACGAUAUUAUCAGUUAUUUAUCCAAAGAUACGUUUACAAAGAAAUCAGCAUCUGGUUGCGUUUCUGGUAAAGUUGUAGUUACCAUACCUCAUCCAAUGAUACUAGGAAUAGUAAAUGCAGUUUCUAGAGCAAAACCCGGUGCUUUAUCUCUUAUCAACAAAGCUUUCAAAUCAGUUUACGAGAACCCCACUUCUAUAUUCUUAACAGCUACAGCAGACGAUAUAUUAUUUGAUGGUGUUGUCAUAAAAUGUGGAGUUACUGACUUCGCUGGUAAGGCUUUAUGCUCACAAUUAAGAGAAUCUGGUAGUCUCAAGAUAGUUAACGAGAAAGAUUUAGCAUUCUCUCUAUUUGGACCGAAAAAUGGUACAGAACAAAAAAGGAUUAAGGCUCUUCGUGGUACUAAAAACUAUCACGACGUCGGCAGGAUUGUUGAAUACGAUGGAUCCGCGCUAAUGUCGAAUUGGCCAACAAAAGAAUGUAAUGAAAUAUCAGGAACGGAUGGAACAGUUUUUCCACCGAUGCUGUUGAAAGAAGAAGGUCUUGUAUCUUUCGCACCAGACCUAUGUAGAUCUUUGAAAGCCUUUUGGGUUCGGAAAACAAAAUACGACGGUAUACCAGUUAAUGAAUAUACAGCGUCUUUAGGAGACAUGUCGAAAAACGAAAACGAGAAAUGUUAUUGUUUUACUCAAGAUAGUUGUUUGAAAAAAGGCUUAAUGGAUUUAUAUAAAUGUGUUGGGGUACCAAUUUAUGUUUCGUUACCACAUUUUUAUGAUUCUGACAAAUCUUAUUUGAAUGGCGUGAAAGGUCUUAAACCAAAUAAAACGAAACAUCAAAUUUCUAUUCUGUUUGAGCAACUUACUGGUGGUCCUGUUUCGGUCAAAAAACGUUUACAAUUUAGCAUGCCAUUGGAACCUAAUCAAAAAGUGGAUUUAUUUAAAAAUUUCUCUUCUACUGUGAUUCCAAUAUUUUGGGUGGAAGAGGGUAUCGAUUUAAACAGCACCUUCACGAAACCAAUAAAAAUGCUUUAUACAAUGAAGAAAGCGGUAAACAUUACAAAAUGGCUCAUACUGUUGGCGUCUGUAGCUGGUCUCAUAGCUUCGGGAUAUUUAUUUUUCAAAAAUAAUCAGACAAUUUCAAUUACAAGUGUGAAGGAUAUCAAGAAAACUGCACCUGUUAGUGGAAUUUCAACAGUUAAUGGACAUAUGAAUGGAUCCGUGGAUGGAAAUUGAGUUAAAAACAAAUAUUUUCAUGCUAAUAAAUUGUAAUACAAAUAAA